AUGAAUGAGAGUAAGCCGAAAACUGUGGAGGAAAUCUUAAAAAUAGAUAUAAAACCUGGCUGGAAGAAGGGUACAAAAAUCACUUUUCCAGAGAAAGGUAACCAAGAACCUGGUGUCACUCCAGCUGAUCUUAUUUUUGUGGUGGAUGAGAAACCCCAUGUUAUUUUCAAGAGGGAUGGGAAUGAUCUGUUGGUGAAUCAGAAAAUAUCACUUCUGGAGGCCCUUACUGGGCAGACUUUUAGUGUGCUAACCUUGGAUGGAAGGAAUCUUAUCAUCCCAGUGACAGAUAUAGUCAAACCAGGGCAUGAGGUGGUGGUCCCAAAGGAAGGAAUGCCAAUCUCGAAAGAUCCCAGCAAGAAGGGAAACCUUAUUAUCAAGUUUGAUGUGAUGUUUCCGUCAAGACUCACUGCAGAACAGAAAUCAGAUUUAAAGAGGGUGUUGGGUGGAGCUGAUAACUAGUUGGAAACUCAAGCCUUGAGUGUCCAACUAUCUUUUAGUCCAGAUUGAUACUGGGUCAAUUAGAUGUAAAUAUGUUAAGUCUCCCACUAUUGAAGCCGAAGAUUGUUCAUAGUAGGAAGAAUGUUAAGGGGUUUGGAAACAGUAUAUGUUGAUAGUAUAUGGUGGUGGAAAAAAGGAUCAUCUUUAAUCCUCUUCUACUACUUGUUUUGCUGCAAGAGAAUGUUGGCCUUCUAAUUGGAAUUUGUAUACAGGUAAUGUAGUGGUAGUUUUUGAUUAAUAUGUAUGGUGAAAAACCUGUUGUAUGAUGCCCAUAUUAGUAAGGAUGAACCAUACUCUAUUGAAUGGUUUAAGGUUUGACUUUAAAAGUUUGCAUGUCUUCGAAUUGUUCAUUUUUUACUGUUCUUUGCAGAAUAUGUUUAGAUUACAGUGUCUUUUUCACUCCCUUGAUGGAAUUUUUAUGGAGUGCUCAUUGAUUUUUUAGAUUUUGGUCCCAGUGAUAGCACUUGAGAAUACGAUAGUUUGACAUUGAAUAAAUUUGUUUGAAUAUUA